CGUCUUAACCUUUUUUGUGCAUUUUGUGUACGUCUUUUUUAUGUUUACUAAAAGUUUUAGUUGUGUUGCCCCCGGAUGCCCCCAUUGAGAGUGCCAUCACUGUAUUUGUCAAUGUUUUAAGGAGCAUCUUAUAACUGUGUGUUUUCACGCAUCCACAUUUUUGAUCUUUGGUGCAAAGAAAAAGGCACGAAUGCCGAAAAAAUGCAAGGCAUAAAUAAUUUACUGGCACUAAACAUAAAAAGCAAAGGCUACGAAGUCACUCAGGCUUCAAUUUAAAAGGGAGACCGCCGCACUUUCCGUCGAAGAAGAGCUCUACUUCAAGGAGAAAAUAGCUAACUUGAAGACAACAGAGCAUAAAAUUUGCAAUACAACAUUUUCUAUAAAGCACGCCCUUCAAUUAACCAUGGUGGAUGGUAAAGUUUGCAACGCGUUAAGCAACACGUCCUCGAUGAAAUGCUUUAUAUGUGGAGCAAAGCCUACAGAAAUGAAUAAUAUUGAAGAAUGUGUUGGAAGAGAUGUGCAAGAAAAGUAUUUUGAAUUCGGGCUAUCACCACUUCAUUCAUAUAUCCGGUUCUUCGAAUAUUUCUUGCACAUUUCGUACAAGCUGGAUGUAAAGCUUUGGCAAGUACGAUCGGGAGAACUCAAGUCUAUUGUAUUAAAGAAAAAACAUCAAAUUCAAGCGGAGUUUCGAGAGAAAAUGGGGUUACUGGUCGAUGCGCCAAAGGAUGGAGGUAGAGGAAACUCCAACGAUGGCAAUACUGCCAGGAAAUUUUUCAGUAACCCAAGCUUAGCAUCUCAGAUUACAGGCAUUGAUGAAGAAGUUAUUGCCCGAUGCCCUACGAUACUGCAAGCCUUAGCAUCAGGAUACAAAAUAAAUAUAAAAAAAUUCGAAAAAUUCGCACUAGAUACAGCGAAUAAAUUAAUUGAAAUGUAUCCAUGGUACUACCUUCCAGCAACAGUGCAUACAAUUUUAAUUCAUGCACCAAAGGUUAUAGAGCACGCUUUGGUUUCGAUUGGAGAGCUCUCAGAGGAAGCUGCAGAGUCAAACAAUAAAGAAAUAAAAAAGUGCCGGCUGCAGCAUACUAGGAAGACGUCUCGUAUACUGACAAAUACAGAUUUAAUUAAAAUGCUUCUUUUGAAAUCAGACCCUUUUAUAACAGGUCAAAGAAAUCUGCCAAAGAAUCAGAAAUCCACUUUUUUAUCAUCUACAUAUGAUUUAUUGGAUGACGUAUGUUAACCUUGUUUAUUAUUUAUCUUUAAUUUUCAUCAUUUUUAUUAUCUUAUA